AUGGCGGUGGCAGCCUUCGGAAAGCUAAACCUCAAGGGUCCUCCUCCGGUUUGGGGAUCUCGCAGCGUUGAUUGCUUUGAGAAGCUCGAACAAAUCGGCGAAGGAACUUACGGGUCUACUUCUCAAAUUCUUCCUCUUUUACUUGAAUCCAAUUCAAUUUCGUUGCGUAAUCAAAAGGGCUUUAUUCUCGGGGUAAUUGAUUCUCCUGUGGCUUGA